UGGUAGCAGUCAUUGUGGAGCAUUUCCUGUGUCGAGGAAAACAUUGUCACAAUGUACGAUCCAGAAUUGAAUCAAAUGUGGCAAUAACCGGUCGCGGGAAUCAGAGCGGAAACAUUGUAAUUCUAUAACGAUGAAUCGCAACAAUGGAUGCUGAGGAAACAAGGUGGAUGAAAUAUUGCUGUGACAGUUGUCGAAUUGUGAACACAGAUGAUGACAGCUUAAGGAUACACGCUCACACGACAGAAUCCUAUGGUAAAGAUGUACAGCUUCAGACUGGCUGGAGCUAAAGCGUGAUGCUAGCUUGCUAUGUUAGCUGACCAUGCUAACGGUAAAACCUUACGAAGUAACCGACAGCCAAUCAAAGAGCAAACUUGGGCAACAUCUUGCACCAUUCCUGAUGUUCAGCUGAUGAAGAAGGACGUGAUACUGUUUGAUGCUGACAGCCAAAAAGAGAGUUGGAUGAGAUAAAUUUUGAGAGACAGAAUCCACAGAUAACGUUGACUGAAUGAAUAGGAUGUAAUUCACAGGAUUUCUAGAGCCUUCUCUUGCCAAUUCCUGAAAGUUGACUAUGAUCUUUGAACAAGAUCCGAGGACAUUCCUUGUGCUUGUGAAUCGCAAAGACUAAGUCAGCAUAUAGGAAUAUUUGGAUAAGGAAACACACUUUUUAUUCUAAAUUCUCCACCUAAUAACGGAACUGAAUGUGGAUAUAGCAUCAAUCAAAUAUCAAAGGCAUUUAAAAACAAGGAGGAGUGUUUUAGUGUGAUCUGUUUUUCCACUCUCAGUAUUCACUUCCCUUGCUUACCAUAACCUCUUUCGGUAUUAAUCGAUGGCUUCCAUACCAGCCGCCUAUUAUCGGUAAUUGAGUUCGUCUAUCUAAUGAACCUAAUGAACACUACAUAUAUUGCCAACCACAUCAAAACAGUUGGUAUCACACAGAGAUUUGAAACUACAGUAUUCACUGCACUGCAUCUAGGAAAGCAACACCAUGACCCUAUUGCAUAAUCUACACGUUCUGGAUUGAAAUAAAACUCUGCACUCUGUCCAUAAGAGCAAUCAUGGCUGUUCAUCCAAAGUCACUUGUACUGGUGCUAUAAACAUACCAGAACAAUCCGACGUAUCAUACACACCGUCGUUAAAUUUGAUUAAGACAAUUCAACGACAGUGAUUUCUACAAUGAACAGAAGUGACCUCUAACCAAUUUGAUUCAAAAUGGCGACACUACGUCGGUGGUUCACGCACACUUUGUUCUAUAGAGGGCGCUCAAUGUGUACAAUAUUCGGUAUCAUUGUCUGCUUGUGGUUAUUCUUUGUGUAUGUUUCGAUGACAUUAACAAACAAUCCACACAUCGGCCAAGGCGGGAUUGCCGUUGACCCAAACAGCCGACAUUUCUUGCAUGCAGAAAUGAAGGCUUGGACAGAAUCGGAAGAACUCGAUGAUGUCGUGCAAGAUCUUAACCAGCACGGCAGAAAGGUCAAAUUUGUCAUUGACAGCUCUGAGCGCGAAUCAAUCAGGAUAUUGCUAAAAAAGAAAGGUUUGGAGUUGAGGCUGCCCAGAGAUUUUUUUGUCAACCUGACAACUGGAAGUAUGUCAUCGUCCUAUAAUGUACUGUUUGGGGUUGAGAAACCCCCACCCGAAAAGAAACUAAUGAGGGUAAACUUGCAGCAGGCUUUACCAGAGAAGUUAUUUGACACUUGGAAAAGAUCUAAGAUGGAUCGUUGCCAAGGCAAUUUCCAGGGUCAUGCCAGUGAGUUUGUCCUGUUGAAGGACGUUAUUGUCGACCCUUCCUUCUCCACUGGGAAAAAGGGAGGGGAAAGUAUAACUGACGUCUUGCAACAGAAGGAGACUCAAGAAUAUUACAAGUUAAGACGAGGGUUCUUCCAGUUAAAGUGCAAUAAAGAGAGCGUCCACAGACGUGACAAAAAUCAUCCCAUAUCGUAUCGAUUUAUCUCAAAGAAUCAUAUGAAUUCAUGGAUUAACUCGAUCCAGCCUGUGGAAGAGUUAAACAAAAGUACAGACACUGAGGAGGAAUUCACACUCGCCAUUCAAAGAUACGAGUAUGCCAACCUUUAUCACACUAUGACUGACUUUUACAAUACAUUUCUAAUGAUGAGGUUUUUUAAUCGCACCCCGUCAAAUACUAAAAUACUCAUCAUUGACGGCCAUCCAAAGGGGUCUUUAGACUCGAUUUGGUCAGUUCUUUAUGAUGAUAUUCAGAGAGUUGGUCACAUAAAGCAACCAACAAAAUUCAAGGAGCUUGUCUGGGCGAUGCAAAGUUACAACAGCCCGAUGGUGCGACACAGGAGUCCUGGUUUGCCUCUUGUGGAUGACUUUAGUCAGUUCUUUCUGUCGCGUUAUAACGUAAUGAGUCGACAUACAUUGCAUUGUGAUCAUUUAAAUGUGCUGUUUGUGUGGAGACGAGACUAUGUAAGUCAUCCAAGGAAUCCAAAGGGUUCGAUAACGCGAAAAAUCAAAAAUGAGGUAGAACUUAUAGAUACCAUCCAAUCAAAAUAUCCGAACUUCACUGUCAGAGGUGUACAGAUUGAUUUGUUUGAAAUGAAAAAACAAUUAAAACUCAUUGCUAGUACCGAUGUCCUCAUCGGUAUGCAUGGUGCUGGUCUAAGUCAUACACUGUUCUUACCAAAGCAUGCCGGUCUCAUUGAAUUUUACCCUACCUAUUGGUCCGUAGGGAACAUACAUUUCCGUGCCAUGGCAAAGUGGAGGAACCUGCAUUACAUGAAUUGGGUCAACCGUGAUCGCAGUAACGAAGGUCCCAAGGGCUAUACGAGGAUUCCACCAAACAUUCUAAUUUCUUUCUUCCGUGUGAUGGUGGAACGAAUUUGUAAGCAUAAGAAGCUAUAACUGUCCUCUUCUUGAAAAGAAAGGUAGACUGUUGCAGGUCCUUUCUUUCAGAGGGUCAGGCAAUGUUACCAUUAUUGAUACUGAUGAAAUGCCUGAUGAGUCAAUCAACCAAAGAAGGAUGACAAAGUGGGAUGCUGUGUUCAUCAUCUAGAACUGCAUUUUUAUUCAAUGAAAUGUAGAGGAUCUCUAUAACAACCGAGUCAACAGUACUUUGCUUACUUGCGUCCAAUGGAAUUUCAGGGCGGAGGAAUAUGGCCUUUCAUGCCGAAGGGCUCAGUUGAAAACUGUUAUCAUAUCCUAGAAAGUGUGGCAUAUCUAAAAUAUUAUGUCUGCUUGUAUGCGACAAAUUUGUCGAAGCCAUUCAGCUGCUUCUUGGCUAGUCUUUUUGCUUGUAUUAAUGACAAAAGUGCAUGAAAGUUUAUAAGGGGCUAUGUACACAUCUGAUGGGAGGUGAAAAUUUGAUCAGCAUUUUCAGUAUUUGCUUUUAUGCAUACAUUCCACACGGGUGGACCUUUGCAAUGGUGCAAGUCUUUUUUGGUUCGAACAAUGCUGGAUGAGAUUUUGUCAGUUGAUAAGGGUGGACCAUAUAGCACCUACGCACCGAGGGGGAGGAGGGUUGGUACCAGAGCGGACGAGGUGUAUACUGCCAGGGGGUGAUGGGGGGACUAUCCCAAAGCGUACAUUCGCAACCGAAAGGGUCAACAAAAUGUUAAGUGUUAGCAAAAACCAAUGGGGUUGAGCAUAUUUUUAGCUUGUUGAGCAGAGUAAAAAUUGGUUUCAAAUGUUAUCCAUGUUAUUGAAAUAUCUUUUCUAAAAAAUCUCAAAAACAAGAUUGGAUGGAAGAUUUAUCUUUUGUGAAUAUGAAAACUGCCAGGAGCAUUAUUGGUUUCUUCUUUAAUCUCACUUCUUCCUAAUCACCAAGCUAAUGGAUGUUUCCAAUACAACAUGAUUAAGUUGUAUUUAAGAUUAUUUGAAUAUGAAGUACAAAAACAUGUGUAUCCAUAUACAUAUUUUGUACACAUUUCUGGGGCACAAUAUUCGAUACUUGCAUGUCUUGGAGAGGUUUUAGAACCUAAACUGAACUUAAAACAUAAUUUCUUUAGUCAAUAAGAACUACUACAUGUACUAGGUAAUAAAUCAGUUAAAAUAUUGUAAGCAUGUAGUUUGUGAUAAAAAUCAAGCAAGAGCCAGUUAAAAGAAGUACUAAUAGUCAUUGAAUAAGAGCCAAUUUGUCUUGUAAAAGCCCCCUAGUUUCAGAAUUUGGUACCAACUAGAUACAUGUAGGAUGCUGACUGUGGUAUUGCUUCCACCUUCUUAAACUAUUAAUUCUUGCUACAGUUCAGUAUUUUGCUAGUUUACUUCCUCGCAAAUUUUGACCAACAUGCAUAGUAAAGGUGAUGGCAAGAAUGUACUUGGACCUGUUGAAGAGGAUGGCUUCUAUCAUUAUGUAUGUAUGUACCAUAAUGUGAUUUGAGACAACUACAAAUAGGGAUAAAAGCACUAAUCCAUUUUAAAUUCUAAGCUCUGCUUGCCCGCCUGCAGCGGGAGAAGCGUCUUUUCAGGAAAUGCCCGAAAACAAGUCUCAUAGAAUAUUUGCAUUUGUGAACAUGCGGCAAGAGCAUGAACAUGGCAUUUUCCUUCCAUUUCUAUAAUUAUUUUUGCAAGAAAAUUCCAUGACAAGGCUGAACAUGACCUGUCCACAGGAGCAGACUUAGACAUACAUUUACGAGCAAAUAUGCAUUUUCCGGGCACCUGGGGGCUUCUUGGGAGAGGCGCCCUCAAUAACUGAUACCCCUCUGACAAAAAGGGGGGGGGGGGUGUCUGAGUGUACCUAAAUCCGCCACAACAAUGAUGUUCAAUGAACAGCUUUUUAAAAUAUUCUUUUGAAAAACUCUCAUUGCAACUAUACACUAUACUACACAUGUAUUGCAGACAGACUGAAAAUCAGUAAUCAAACUGAAAACGCAACAGAAAACGCAACAGCUCAAGUGAAAAAGAUUGUUUUUAGAUUAGAUCCAGUGGAUAUACAUUUUGUAUUUACUAGUAUUGUUAUGAACGUGUAUGUUGUGUUGACGUAAUGAUUUUAAAAAUAAGUUUUAGAAAAAUGCAUUCCAUGACAGUCGACACACGUGUGGGUGUGUGCGUGACAGAGGGGGAGGGGGGGGGGGUCUAAAAGGACCAUGCCAUUUGAGGGUUUAUGGGCAAUGACCAGACCCUCAAUAAAUGAGGUACUUAUUUGUCGUUUAUUACAACGAAAGGCAAGUUAUCAGCCAAGAUUGCAAAGAGAUUGAUGUUUUUGGCAAUGAAAAUCAAGGAUUCAUCGGGGUCGUUCUGUUCAUUCACUGUUCUUUGUUCUUAGUUUUUUAUUCUUCCAAUUUGAAAUUUUUUAGAGGAAAAUGAACCCUUUAUUCACUCUUGUUAAUUUUCAUGAAAAAUUAAAAUAUGCA